AUGGCGUUCGAAAAAUCAUGGCCAGAAUUCUCGUUGAGCAGUGGACAGCAGUUCACAAAUACCUCCGUGGUCAUCGUCGGAGCCGGCAUUGGAGGUAUGUGCGUUGCCAUUGAUUUGAUCAGACGCAAUCACUGCCGAGACUUUGUCAUUUUGGAGCAGUCGGCCGGGAUCGGUGGGACAUGGCACGCGAACACGUACCCGGGCUGCGCUGUCGACUUGCAGUCCAUUGUCUACAGCUACAGCUUUGCCCCCAACAGCAAUUGGAGCCGAGAUUUCCCAGGGCAGAGAGAAAUUCUGUCUUACCUGACCCGGGUGGCGCAGGACUACGGGCUGUACGAGCACAUCCGGUUCUGCUCCACGGCCGAAUCUGCGACCUGGGAUGACGAGCUGAAGAAGUGGAACACGAGCGCCACUUCCAACUACACGAUCUCUAGUGACUUUUUUGUCAGCGCUGUGGGCCAGCUAAGCCAACCAAAAUGGCCAGAAAUCGACGGUUUGGAAAGUUUCAAAGGGAAGAUUAUGCACAGUGCUGCAUGGGACUGGGCGUACGACUUGAAGGAUAGGAGAAUCGCCGUUGUAGGAAGUGGUUGUAGUGCUGUCCAGAUCGUACCUGAGCUCGCAAAAGUGGCGAAGAAGGUGACGGUUUUCCAAAGAACACCUCACUGGAUCGUACCUCGUGGGGACUACGAAAUCUCCAAUUUGAGGAAAACCCUUUACCGCUAUUUCCCUUUCUGGCAGCGGUACUGGCGCAGACGUUAUGUGGACCUCAACGAAACGGAAUACAUGUCUAACAACUUCGCCGAGCAUGAGGAAAACAUAAAGCUGAAACAAGCAGCUCUGGACAUGAUGCACGAGCAGCUGCCCAAUCAGCCGGAGCUGUGGGAAAAGCUAACACCCAAGUAUCCGGUGGGCUGUAAGCGGGUGGUUGUUUCGGAUUUCUUCUUCCCAGCUUUGAGCCGUUCCAAUGUUGAGCUUGAGGCGAAACCUAUUCAUAGCAUCAAUGACCAUACUGUACGUCUUAUCGGCACUGCGGGACAGGCAGAGGAUGCAGACUCCGACUACGAUCUCAUCGUGUUGGCCACCGGCUUUCGGGCCACCGACUUCCUGCAUCCCAUGAGGAUCUUCGGCCGGAACGGCCGUGCCUUGCAUGAGAUGUGGAAGGAUGGCGCUCAGGCCUACCAGGGCACCUGCGCUGACGACAUGCCCAAUUUCGGAAUCGUACUUGGACCCAACACUGCCUUGCUCCAUAACAGCUUCAUUCUGAUCAUCGAGGCCCAAAGCAGGUAUAUCAACGGCUUGAUCAAGCCGGUGCUGGAAGCCCGAAAGCAAGGAGGAUCACUGAUCCUGACGCCGCGGCCUGAAAAAACCGAGGAGUACAAUGCGAAGCUGCAACAUCGACUUAAAGACUUCGCCGUGAACAACUCGCAAUGCACUAAUUGGUACAAGACUGAGUCAGGGCGGAUCACUAAUCUCUGGCCAGGCAUGGUGCUGGAAUUCCAGGAGCUGAUGGAGCAAGUGAACUAUGGGGACUACGAAGCUGAAGGGUCUUCCAAAGACAUUGUACUAAAUCGACCUGUGCACAAGGUGGGCCGCGUUAUUGAAGAGGGUGGGGUUCUGGAGAAGAUCUCCUUGGUCAACAUUGUAGUGCUUGGCACAAGUGUGAUUGUUGGAGGAUUUUGGAUGCGCAGACUGAUCCCAUCCAUAUAA